CACGCCACAAUAAUUAUUGUGAGUAAUUAAUCUCAGGAGGAUUCGUCAGUAAUUGAAAGAGGAAUAUUUUCAGUCUUUAAAAAGGCCUGCAUUUUUAAAUUGUCUGUGGUUGGGUACGUUGUUGCAAAAAAGUUCAGACGAUGUCGCAGCUCCUCGGUUUUGGGUUGGUAUGUGCUACAUUAUCCUGCUGUAUCUUAGUGGUGGUGUGUCCUGACCAGGUCACGUGCUUAAAGGAAGGACAUGCAGAUUUGGAAUGGGGUGAUCAGCUACAGGUCAUUGCCGAAAAACGGGCAAAAAAAGUAGUGGCAGAUCAACCAUCUCAAGAAAAGCAGAGUUUAGGGGGACCCAGUUUAGAAUCUGAAGGGUUAAAGAGAAACGUCAGUCUUUUCUGCGUACUAUCUAAAAAAGAUAAUCUGAACAUGUACGAGCGCAUGUGCAGAGUGUAUUUUGAUGAGGAAGAAGAGAAGGGCUCUGAGAGUGCACUGAAAGGAAGUUAUACAAAGGUCGGGUGUGGAAUAGCGGAGAGUGGUCAAUAUGUGGCUGUUGUCUGCUGCUAUAAAAAAUAAGACUGUUUUAAAACAUAAUCUUUUCUGGACUCUUAGAAAUAAGACUGUUUUUGUGGACUCUUAAAAAUAAGACUAUUUUUCGUGCACUCUUUUGAUGAAAUGUUUUGCAUUAAGUU